GACAGGAGUGAGAGUGAGAGGAGGACAUGAAAACGAAGGGGAAAACUUGAGAGUGGAUUAGGAGAGUAAGAGGCAACACAAGCGAAUGGGAGAAGUAUGGGAAUGGGAUGGGUAGGGGGAACUAAUGAGACAGACAGAUCAACGAGCUAGAGAGCACACCAACCAGAGGCCUAUAAAAACACACACACAUACUCACACACUGCUGGAUGCAUGGUGCAAUAGACUGGUAGAAGUCCGACUCUCAGACACAAAAGUCCGCUGAUAGCUUUGCACUCACCAAUCUCCAAUGUACUGUACUUGCAUUUAGAUGGUAGACAAGUGUGACAUCCAAUACAAAUGUGCAGGACAGAGUGAAGACUUGUAAAGACGUUCUAAGAGAUCUAAUCUGGCAAUUCAGUCAUGUCUGACGCUGCACGGGAUCUGGACGAACUGUGCUAUCUCACAGCUCAGUGUAUGACGUCCAUGGUGACUGCAGAGCAUUUUCGAGUACUCAAGAAGCUUGGAGAGGGGUCAUAUGGAAAAGUCAUGCUGGCUGUGCACAAAAAGAAAGGCACACCCAUGGCACUGAAGUUCUUCCCUCGCUGCUCUACGACUCUUCACACUUUUCUACGUGAAUACAACCUCUCCUUGUCCUUCUGCACUCAUCCCUCCCUCACACGUGCUCUUGGAAUCUUUUUCUCUACACCCUCCCACUAUAUCUUUGCCCAGCAGGCUGCUCUGUAUGGAGAUCUCUAUGAUGUCAUUGUGUCAGAUGUGGGGGUGAGCGAAGUGCAGGCUCAGAGUGUGAUGUCCCAAUUAAGCGGUGCUGUGUCUUACCUACACUCCUUGGGCUUUGUGCACCGUGACAUAAAACCAGAGAAUGUCUUCCUUUGUGCCCCAAACUGUCGCUGGGUCAAACUAGGUGACUUUGGUCUAGUACGCCCUCACGGCACCAAAGUACGUGCAGUCUGGUAUGAAUCCCCCUUCUGUGUCCCUGAGGUUGAACAGGCCAAGCAGAAGAAGAAAGAAAUUAGGAAAGAAGGAAACCACCGGACAGAGGAGGAAAAAGAUAUCUGGAUGCCAGUGGAGCCUAGUUUGGAUAGCUGGGCCCUGGGGAUCCUGACAUACUGCCUGCUCACCCGUUGUUUCCCAUGGGAGGAGAGCACAUCGGAUGACCCAGGUUACUUUCAAUUCUGUAACUGGUUUGACAAAGUCAAAGAAAAGGAGGACAGGGACAUGGGACAAAACAGGCAAUUGGACAAAGGAAGGAUCACUGGAGAGGAGGAAGUAGCAGUAGCCGUACCUUCUCAGUUUGAAUCUUUAAGCACUUUAGCUCUCACUUUGCUCAGGAGACUCCUGCACCCAUUGCCCAGGUACCGUGCCACGCCUGAUGAGGUCCUUUCCUACCUCGGGGGACCCUGGCUUUUAAAAACAGAGAAAGAAGAGAAGAUGAGACAGCAGGAGGCACAGGAGGAAGCCAGAAAGAUAUUAGGAGGAGGAGGAAUAGAGGAAGACAUAGAGAGGGAAAGAAAAAGGGAGCGAUAGAAAGAAGGAAGCUGUUAUCUAAAAUUCUAUUUUAUACUGAAAAGUGUUUGUAUUUUGGAAUAUAGUGUAUAAAGUGAUGUCCUCAAUCUGUGUAGUGACUGUGAUGAAGUGUUAAGUGUGAGCCAUGCUGAUAUAUUAAUAUGCAUAUAAUUUAAAAUAUGAAUCAGAUGGUUUCAGAAGAGGACUCUACAGAGUUGCCAUAGCAACUAUUCAGAUAAUGAUUCUAAUUUUAUGCAGUAACUAUAAUACGUAUUGUAAACUAUAGGGGGACAUGGUGGCUUACUAGGUAGCAUGACUGCCUCACACCUCCAGGGUUUGGGUCUUGCCACUGCCCUGUGUGCAUGGAGUUUGUAUGUUCUCCCAGUAAUUCAGGGGUUUCUAAAUUUCUAAAUUGUUUGAUGAGUAUGUGUGUGUGAUUGUGCUCCCACCGUUAGUCUUUAGGCUCCUUAAAAAAACAGACGGAAAUAUGGCCUAAGCAAGUAUCUUGGGUCAAAUUAAUAUAGGUAAUCCAUUUGAUUAAAAAAAAAAAAGCACAAGCAUAAAAGCAAUACACAAGAUGACACAAAGAUGAAAAUUUAUUUACAUGAUUAUAUGUUGACUUUUGGAUGUUAUAUGAAUUUCAAAACAAAUAUAACCUCAUGCAUGCUAAAAUUGUGCAAGCUUGUUUAGCUGUAAAUACUGUACGGUAUAUAUCAUCUUAAAAAGUAAGUGACAGUCACACCAACUUUCAAGCCCACCAGAUAAACAAUAAAAAAUGACUAUGGCAGGAAACAUACUUGGGAGUCCUGAACUACUGGUGUUAAUAGUGAGGAAUUUACAAGCUUGUUUAACAUGCAAACUGACUCUAAUAAGGUUUCUACUAUAGACACCUGAGAGCUGAGUGCAGCUAACCUAGAAUCAGUGGAGCUAUCAAAGACUGUGUCUAUUUUUAAACAUGAGAUUUUAAGAUGACUGAGAAGUUUGAAAUAGCUAUACAGUAUGUAUUUAUUUUUUAUUAGAAAUUUAUUUAACCUUACCUUUAAACAACGUGCAAUAUUCCCCUGGACAUGUGCAAACCUCUCGGAGAAACUUGUACAUGUGCAAACCUCUCGGAGAAACCUGUAUUGAAUUAAUUCUGUCUAUUACUGUGAGUUUGUUAUUAAAUGUUUGUUGUAUGGAGUACAACUUCAUGUAUGUCUAUAAUGUCUGAUGUGAAAUAUUCUAAUAAACAGUUUUUUUUUUCUUA